GGGAGAUGGCAGAAAGCAGGGCGAAGCGAGUGAGGAUAAAGGAAAUAGAUGGCUGGACUCUUGGCCUGCUGAUUGAUUACAUCUACACAGCAGAGAUACAGGUCACAGAAGAUAAUGUACAGGCGUUGCUACCAGCAGCUGGAUUGCUCCAGCUGACUGAGGUGAAAAAGGCCUGUUGCGAAUUCCUAAGCUCUCAGCUUCAUCCAUCCAACUGUCUUGGAAUACGAGCCUUUGCUGACCUCCAUGCUUGCUCUCAGCUCCUCACGCAGGCUAACAGUUACGCAGAGCAACAUUUCACGGAGGUGGUCGGGAGUGAAGAGUUUCUUAACUUGGGCAUGGAGCAAGUGUCCAGCCUUAUUGCCAGUGACAAACUCACCAUCCCUUCAGAGGAAAAGGUUUUUGAGGCAGUGAUCGCCUGGGUCAACCAUGAUAAAGAUAUCCGUCAGGAGCACUUGGCUCAUCUGAUGGAGCAUGUUCGCCUGCCCCUCCUCUCAAGAGAGUAUCUGGUGCAGAGGGUGGAGGAAGAGUCUCUGAUUAAGAAUAGCAGUGCAUGCAAAGACUACCUGAUUGAGGCCAUGAAGUACCACCUGCUGCCGGCUGACCAGAGAGCGCUGAUGAAGACUGCACGGACACGGAUGAGGACUCCAGCCUGCUGCCCUAAGGUAAUGGUUGUGGUAGGGGGCCAGGCUCCCAAGGCCAUCCGGAGUGUUGAAUGUUAUGACUUCGAGGAGCAGCGAUGGUACCAGGUGGCCGAACUCCCUACCAGGCGAUGCAGAGCAGGUGUGGUGUAUGUGAGUGGAUGUGUGUAUGCAGUCGGCGGUUUCAAUGGUUCUUUGCGUGUGCGGACGGUUGACUGCUAUGACCCGGUCAUGGAUCGCUGGAGCUGCGUGAACAGCAUGCAGGACCGGCGCUCAACACUGGGUGCUGCUGUACUUAAUGGACUGCUGUAUGCAGUAGGAGGCUUUGACGGAAGCACAGGACUGUCCACAGUUGAAGCGUACAAUGCGAAGACAGACGAGUGGUUCCACGUUUUGCCCAUGAGCACCCGCCGGAGCAGUGUCGGAGUAGGUGUUGUCAAUGGGAUUUUGUAUGCAGUAGGAGGUUAUGAUGGCGCGACCAGGCAAUGUUUAAGUACAGUUGAAGCUUAUAAUCCAAACAGCAACACAUGGAGCUACAUUGCUGAGAUGGGCACAAGACGCAGCGGCGCAGGCGUAGGUGUGUUAAAGGGCAACCUUUACGCUGUGGGGGGACAUGACGGCCCAUUAGUGAGGAAGAGCUGUGAGGUGUAUGACCCUGCUUCCAACAGCUGGCGACAGGUGGCGGACAUGAACAUGUGUCGACGCAAUGCAGGUGUGUGUGCUGUGAACAAUUUACUGUAUGUGGUGGGAGGAGAUGAUGGCAGCUGUAACCUGGCUUCUGUGGAGUACUACAACCCAAACUCGGACAAGUGGACACUACUUCCUGCGUGUAUGAGCACUGGACGCAGCUAUGCAGGUGUGACUGUGAUUGACAAGCCGUUAUGA